CGGGGGGUGGGUGGGAAGAAGCGGCCGCGUUUGCCCGCAAGUAACCCCGGCGGUAGCAGCUCCCCGCACGACCUUUCUCCCGCAUCACCGGUGACGCGACGGGAGCAUUAACAAGAUGGCGGCGCUGAGCAAGUCCAUCCCCCACAGCUGCUACGAGAUCGGGCACACCUGGCACCCCCGCUGCUCCGUCGCCGUUUUGCAUGUCACUCAAGGAGCGCUGGCCGAGUCCCUCCGUAUCUACGGCACUCUGUACCUGAUUGCAGCUAUUCUCAGGAAACGAAAACUUGACUAUUAUUUGCACAAACUGCUACCUGAGAUCUUGCAAUCAACUUCCUUUCUGACAGCAAAUGGGACCUUGUAUAUUGCUUGCUUUUGCAUUCUAAGGAAACUACUUGGAAAAUUCUACUUUUGGUCUCCUGGCUUUGGUGCUGCUUUACCAGCUUCUUAUAUGGCUAUUCUCAUCGAAAGGAAAAGCAGGAGAGGUCUCCUCACAAUUUACAUGGCAAAUCAAGCCACAGAAACCUUGUUCCGAAUGGCAGUAGCGAGAGGAGCUAUCACACCAUUAAGACAUGGAGAAGUCCUUUUGUUCUGCAUCACAUCUGCUCUGUUCAUGUUCUUUUUCAGGUGCAAAGACGGCUUGAAGGGAUUUACAUACUCUGCACUGAAAUUCAUUGUAGGGAAAGAAGAAAUCCCCACUCAUUCAUUUUCACCUGAAACAGCAUUUUCAAAAACAGAGAGAAAAAUAAAGCCUUGUGAGAAGAUGUCACAGCGAAUGAACUUGUUGGCUCUGACGAAAAAGCUGAUGGACAAAGUGUGCAAACAUGGCCCAAGGCAUAGAUGCUGUAAACACUAUGAAGAUAAUUGCAUCUCAUAUUGUAUUAAAGGCUUCAUUAGGAUGUUUAGCAUUGGUUACCUGAUCCAGUGCUGCCUUCGGAUUCCAUCCACCUUCCGGCAUCUGUUUACAAAGCCAUCCCGGCUACUUUCACUCUUCUACAACAAGGAAAAUUUCCAGCUUGGAGCUUUUCUGGGAUCUUUUGUCAGUAUAUACAAAGGUACAAGCUGCUUCCUGCGCUGGGUACGGAACCUAGAUGAUGAGCUUCACGCACUUGUAGCUGGGUGUCUAGCUGGAAUUUCUAUGAUGUUCUACAAAAGUACUACUAUCUCUAUGUAUCUGGCAUCCAAACUAGUAGAGACAAUAUACUUCAAAGGCAUUGAAGCAGGGAAGGUCCCCUAUUUUCCUCAUGCAGACAGCAUCAUCUAUGCCAUUUCUACAUCAAUAUGUUUUCAGGCAGCUGUCAUGGAAGUUCAGAACCUGAGACCUUCAUACUGGAAAUUCCUUUUACGACUAACAAAGGGCAGGUUUGCUUUGAUGAACAGGAAAGUUUUAGAUGUAUUUGGUACUGAAGCAUCCAGGAACUUCAAGGAUUUUACACCUAAGCUUGACCCAAGAUACACUGUUGUGCCACCAGAGCUACCUCUGGAGCUGUCUUGAAAAUGAGAAUAUACCUUGUCAUUGAAUGUGAUCAGCGUUUUGUCCUGAGAAGUUGAAUAACUUAACAGUAAUGUAUAUGGAGGAGGGCUUGGGCUCCACUUCAGUAUUAUUUCAAUGAGAAAUGCUUUUUACCAAUCAAAAGUACUGGAGCUUUGUAGGAAGGUGUGGCUUAGUGAUUAAGCCUCUUCCACAUACAGAACUUAUUUCUGGGUUACUGUAGUUGGCUGACAGUAUGAUAGAUUCCUGAAUGAAUUUAACAGAUGAGUAAUAUAUUUAGAA